CUAUAUCUACUUUUGGAACCAUACAAACCACGAUACUGACUUUAUUACCAAGAAAAAACAUUCCACUGGACACUGGACGAGCAUGGUAUUGGAAUAAAAAAAAGCUGUGAUCAUCUGGCAAAAAGACAAAAAAUUUACACCAUUCUGUUGGCAUAACUUGUGUAGUUUGUUAAUGAAUCAAACCAGUUAUAACAACCCUUUCAACCAGAACCAGACAACAGUAUCCCAGAAGAUGAGGUGUCCGUUUUCCAACGCUGUCCUCCUGUUACUGUGGAUUCAGAGUGUUAAUGGAUGGAUGCAUCCUAAAUGUGACAUUUAUCACAGUGCUGAAGACAUUGAAGACAUGCCACCCAGCUAUUGCUUAAAAAGAGUUCCAAAAGGUCUCACUGCUUCUUGUCAAUAUGUCACAGUCAUUGAAGAGGAUCUACAUGGACUCCCUCAAAACAUCAAUACUCUCUGCAUAUACAUGACUGAAGAGAAAAAUGGGGUCAUGUCUCUGGGUUCUUUCUCUCAGUUUCAGGAUCUGGAGUACCUGUACAUUUAUGGCUGUUUUUCACAAAUCCUUCCAACUGAGAAUAGCCUUCCAAAUCUGGAAUAUAUGAUGUUGAGUGGGCAGGACGUUGGGUGCUGUGACUGUAAUAUUGGGCCUCAUACAUUCAGAGAUCUAAUCAGGCUAAGUAAUUUGGUGAUAGAGAAUUACAGGUUAUCAACAAUGGCACUAGAUGUCUUUGAUGGCAUACCUCAUUUACAAACUGUCUCAAUUUUAAAUUCCGGUCUAAAAGAUUGGUCAGAGAUAAUAUGCAGAAUAAUGUAUAUAAAGUCACUUACUGAUUUAGUCAUAGAGGCAUUGGAGAUACAGACAUUAAAUCAAUCAAACUGUCCAAUCUUAAACACAAAUGAGAGCAUGACACCUGUUUUUAACAACCUAACAGGGUGUUCUUUAAUAUUUGGUGAAAUAACACAUAUAGAGGAAGGUGCUCUGGCUUGUUUUAAGAACGUGACAUUUAUGCAAUUGCAUAUAAGCCAGGUAGAUCUACUGCGCCUCCCCCAGUCUGGCAUUAAGCAAAUCCAUUCCUUGGGAUUUUACUCUAAUGAUAUUGAUUUUGAAAGCUUCUGUAAUCUAGUAUUUUUGCUUUCUAUCAAAGAAAUUCAUUUUAAAACAAGCAAUCCAAGCACCCUUUCAAUGUCCAGUGUUGACAUGUGCAUUGGACUAGAAUCUAUGUUUAUUUAUGUUGAUAUCCAUUCUGUUCCUCAAAUAAAAUGGAAUUUUAUUUCCACUCUUAAGAACCUUAAAACAUUGUCUGUAUUUCACCAGAAUCAAAACAGUGUUGAUUUAUGCUCCUUCCAAAAACAACAAAUAACAGGGUUAACCAGAGUUGUUUUAAAUUUGAACAUACAAAGGCUUUUUGCAGAACAAUUUUGUUGUCUUGGUAACCUGAGGGAUCUGAACUUAUAUAAUAAUUUACUUUCAAAUAUUGAACACUUUGCUUUCUUGGGCCUGACAAACCUGGAGUCCUUAAACCUGUCAAAUAAUAACAUUACACACAUCCAUGCAAAUACAUUUUAUGGUUUAUAUAGUUUGACAUGGUUGGAUCUCAGGGAAAAUCCACUUAUUCACAACAUUGAGACAUUGUGUUUUACACAUCUUAUAUCUUUAAGAGAAGUGUUUCUUGGGAAAUUGAACAGCCCACUAACAGAACAUAUGAUAAAGUUGAAUCUGACACUCAUAUUUGGUGACAUUUUGAGUCAACUGACUCAUCUGUAUAUCUCUACAUGGAUGAGGCCAAUGCAUUUGAUUGUUGGCAGUGACAUCACAUCUACACAAAACCUGAGUCUUACACUGAAAGGCCAGACUGUGUCCUUUGAGGACUGCGGACAACCAUUCUUUAAGUCUGUAAUCCAUCUUGAUGUUCAUGCUGAAGAAUUCCUUUGUGGAUCUGAAUUCAUGGGAAAGUAUUUCAAAUCUGUGGAGACAUUUGUGUACAGAUCAAAGCUCUCAGCUAAAAGUUAUGAUAUGACAACAAUUAAUCAACUGAUUCAGCUACAGAAACUGACUCUAUUUUCAGUGGAUCUUAUACAACAACCUUCUGCUGACAUCAUUUUCCACAACCUGACAAAGCUGGAGGUUCUGAAACUUUUAGACUGCAAGAUUUAUUCUAUGGAGGGUAGUUUAACUAAAGAUUUAAAAUCUUUAAAAAGAUUGCAUUUACGAAUCAAGAACAUAUAUAAUGUAUUAUACAGCUUUCCUGAAUCUCUUUCUGGUCUUAAGUAUUUGCUAUUUAAUCAGUUACAUUUGUUUUGCAGUUGUGACAAUGCUUGGCUUAUUGCAUGGGCAAAGAGGAACAGGCAGGUUGAAGUGAUCUUGACUUCUUUUAGACACAUUAUGUGGGACAACUUGACAUGCUUGUUAGACAAUGGAAUAGACACACCUAACUUUGUCAAGUACACAGAAGCCAACUGCACAACAGAGAUAGACUUUAUUCUCUUUACUGUAACUGGCCUGGGAGUCCUGUUCUUCAUGCUGGUUGUGUUUGUCCAUAACCUGUCUGGCCACUAUCUUCUCCCCCUCUACCACAUCACCCUUGGCUGGCUCUCAGAGGCCAUGAGAUCCAACACCAGGGGGCGCUACGACUACGACACCUUUGUCUCCUACAGCGGGAAGGACGAGCUCUGGGUGGUGGAGGAGCUGCUGCCCAACCUGGAGCAGAGGGGUCCCCCUUUCCUGAACCUCUGUCUGCACAGCAGGGACUUCCAGCUGGGGAAGGACAUUGUGGAGAACAUCACAGACAGCCUCUAUCGGAGCCGCCACACCCUCUGUCUGGUCAGCCGCCACUACCUUCGCAGUAACUGGUGCUCCCUGGAGUUGAAGCUGGCCACCGCCAGACUGCAGGUGGAGCAAAGAGACAUCCUCCUCCUGGUCUUCCUGGAGAAGAUCCCCCCUCGCUGGCUCUCAACCCACCACAGACUGGCUCGUCUGGUAAAGACCAGGACCUAUCUGGACUGGCCUCAGGACCCCCAUCAGCACCAGGCAUUCUGGGACAGACUGUGGGAGAAACUGAAACCUCCCACUGAUGUUUGAAAUUAAAGUAUAAUGUAAAUACUAAGACUAAUAAUGUUGUUAGGUAUG